CACGGGGGAAAUCCGAAACAGUACAAAAAUGGACACAGGUCCUGACCCGAGCUCUAAGCCUGCCAAACAGGUUUCUUUAGUGACCGUGAUAACCGGGAUGCCACGCAGGUCCGGACUCCAGUGAAAGGUUUGCUCAGAAUUCUGGUAUAAGAUUGUCUUCUGUCAGCCAGGAUCACUCCGAUAACUCUCGGUUUUUCAGCCUUAUUACAGUCAGUUGUUACACUACAGCCUUACCCCUUACACCACACGUUUAUCCACUGCAAGGAAAUAAGGAUCUUAAAGAGAAAACGUGUUCUUUUAGAUAGCAGCAUAUAUACCCCCAUAGGUGGUAGUAAUUUAGGAGGACAAGCGGCGUCCAAUUCCUCGCGCCCAGCUUCACAUCUUCUAACACUCCUACAGUAAAUAUACGCAUGCGCGCUGAAGCAACAUUCAAUCCUAACAAGCGUAGAUGGUCUGUAAAAAUUGUUCGAAGAUCGACCUGCAGAUCGACAAGUUCCUGAUUCGGAGCCGCGUCAUGCCGACAAAGAGCAGUUAUAUGAGAGAAAGCUUACCCUCGAUAUUCUCUCCUCGAUCGGCAAACAACAGCUAUGCUCUUGGUACCUAUGAGGAGAUAUCAAGCAGAAAAGACGUCUGCAGAUUUUGCGGCCUUGUUUCUCAAUCGGUUACUGAAUCGGAAGAGGUGGACAGUAGUUGCAUGACCGCGGAGCAACUCAACGCCGUUUGUUAUUUGACCUGGGAGAUUGACGGUCGAAGUGCUCGAAAAGACCAAUCGACAGUCAAAGCGCGCACUCGGAGAAUUCAUGUCCAAUGGCGCGACGGGAUAUUUGAAGAUACUUAUCUCGUCUUGGUAACCCCGGUCCAGUUUAAGCUGAUUAGUUCUGAUGCGCGGCACAUUUGGCAGCCGGAAUCACACUUUCUCGGAAGAAGAAUUUUGUCAGAUGCAAGUAGAGCAACUUUGAUCAAGAGCUGGCUGGAUGAAUGCCUGAACAACCACAAAAAAUGCCUUCAUUCGCUGGAGGACAGGAGAGCCCUUCAAGAGGUGACCAAACAAUCAUACUUCGGUGUCGUUGAUGUGGAGCAGAUGUGUCUGACCGCUCUUCCUCAAAAAACAUCUACCCACUUGAAGACGUAUAAGUUUGAAUACGAUGUCAACAGUCUUGAUACUGAAAGAGACAAAAGGGAGCCAUACGUCGCUUUAAGUUACGUUUGGGGUGGCAAGAAUACCGAGACGACUGUCAAUACCAACCUUCUGGGCCGGCUUUUUCCAGGAGGCUUGGAAGAGCCUCUUAAACGGAUGCCCAAAAUCAUCCGAGAUUUUAUAGAGCUUGUUCGUCGGCUUGGUUAUCGGUAUCUAUGGAUCGACUCGCUUUGCAUUGUCCAAGACAGCAAAAGCUCCUGGAAACUUAACGCGGAAGUCAUGGACUCAAUUUACGGCAAUGCGGAUUUGAAAAUUUGCGCUGCCGACGGGAAAGAUGCUACAGUCGGUCUGAGAGCACUAAGCAAACCUUCGAACUCGCAAGUUAUCAUUGAAUGCGCGCCUGAAGGCCGUGUGUUCUUCCAGUGCCGAUCUUCUACAAUGUCUGAGGAUCUUGUGCAGUCUUCGCUUAAGCUUUUGGGUGAGCUGAGCUGUCGCCCUAUAUGGUUUUAUAUGAGUUGUAUUCCACUGUACUCUUCACGAAAUCUCUCAAGCCCAGACGACGUCAUUGCGGCAUUCAAUGGUGUGUCUAACCGCAUCGAAGAAGCACUCAAUUCACCAAUGAUAUUCGCCCUACCAAGUUCUCAUUUUGACCUCGCUAUGCUUUGGGUUCCGCUACAAGCUUCUAAGCGCCGUGGUAGCAAUUCAGAAUUUCCGAGUUGGUCUUGGUGUGGCUGGGAAGGCGCAACCAUAGAUUAUUUGACCAACAGCAUGAUAGACGAUUGCUUGGGAGAUAUUCGACACUGGCUAGAAUGCCAUACGUGGAUCAGAUGGUACAUUCGCGACGGACGUGGUCGGCUGCGACCCGUCUGGGACUCUAAUUUGGCCCUACGAGACAGACGCUCGAAUCUCAAGUGGCAAGGCUAUAAGUCCGAACGAGAGCCACGAGUUACCAUUAUCCGUUAUUCCCCUGAUGAUCAAGUCAAUACCAACGAGAACCGCCACUCCUACGGUCCAGAAAAGAUAAGUUCUUAUCCUCAUACAUAUGAGGGAUCAGACGGUGACGGGAGGAGAGAGGCAAGAGUCUAUGAUCGUGGGGAGCAUCGUGUCCUUGUCGAACGGGAGCAUAGAACGCGAGAAAGAGGCGCGACUUUUGCGAACGAUCCAAUUAUGGUUUCCCAAGUCCGAGGACGCUCUAGCGAUAGUUUUAGUACGUCUACCUCUAGAGGUGAACAAGUACACCACGCUUUAAAUCCUGUUUCGAUUCGAGACACAGCCCCGGGGGCCCGGAAUAGCUACAGCAGGCCUGAGGAGAGAUACUCACACCGUGAACACGUUAGAAGGUCUUCAAUGGCACCACCACCGCCACGGCCACGGCCAUCACCACCACCGCCAAUGCCUUUGGGCGAAGACCGCUUUCUUCCCAGAGAUGCAUACCAACAAAACCCGGAAAACACGAGUGUACCUGACAUUGAUCAUACGGAUCACAGGAAUUCUCGUGACCUGUAUAGUCGCUGCACCCCAUCACAUGUUCCAGACAAAGACAACAGAUUUUCUCGCACUAUUCCAGAGAGCCCUUAUACUGUUAAUAUGGCAGAGUUUACACCGGAGAAAGAAACGGAGUAUCCUGAAUCUCCCAUCUUGCAAUUCUGGACCCAUUCAGCCAUCUUCCGUCUUUGUCCGCAAACUCUGGAUUACCGAGACAGUCCUAACAAUGGCCUGCAUAGGUUCAACGUUGCGGACGCUUCCGGAGAUUGAUGUGGUUCAACCGUAGUCUCUAGCACCUGGGCGGCAAAACAAGAAAAAAUUUCGGAACAAAGCUGGGAUACCAACCAGUACGAGUUUCUGGCACUUUCUGAAGCAAAACAAUUCACGAAGGAGGAACGUAGCGCUUGGACUUAUUACACUCCACUGGAAAGAAGGCAAUCGGAAUGGAACUUGUUUUACGUGCUCCUGGUAGAGAAGAAGAACGGCAUUUGGACUCGCGUCGCUCUCGGCAAGGUUUUUGCGGCGGCAUUUCAGAACGGAUUUGGUGGGCCAUCAGAGUGGAAAGAGAUUGUUCUUGGAUGAGCCAUACUGUACGAUGUUGCGCUCG